AUGAAGAAAGCAGCGAAAGCAAAGUUCACCUCAGGACAAGAACACGUUUGCCACAUGGAGCAGUACAUCGGAGCCAUGCAGAAGCUCUCUGUCACCUGUCAAUCAAAUGGAGAGGCUGAAGUGGGAGGAGCCUUCUGCAAACUGGCCGACUUCUCCAGAGAACUGCUAGGACCCACCAAGAACCUGCUCAAGUCUCUUCUUCAUAACGUGAAUUUCUUCCUUGAGUCUGUGGUGAAGGGCGAUCUACGGGACGUCCGAGGGGAGCUGAAGAAGCCCGUGGAUCGCGCCUGGAGAGACUACGACUCCAGAUUUAAGCAGGUGGAGAAGGAGAAGCGUGAUCUGGCGCGUCAGUAUGGGAUGGUGCGAACAGAAGUCUCUGGAUCUGAACUUGCAGAAGAACUUCACCACGAGAGACGAUCGUUCCAACUGAGCAUGUGCGAGUACUUGAUCAAAGUGAAUGAGAUCAAAACCAAACGAGGAGUCGACCUUCUGCAGAAUCUCACUAAGCACUACCACAGCCACAACAUUUUCCUUCAGGAGUGCGUCUCCACUUCCACUCGACUCAAACUCUACAUGGAGCAACUCAAUUCUGUGUUAUCUACGGUGAAGCAGCGACAGGAAGAGCAGAAGAAACAAUUAAUAUCUUUGAGAGACCUGCUGAGACCAGAAGAAGACCAGGAUCCUGCUCCCAAAGUCUUCACUCUGCAGAAAGUUGUUGGAGACAAAAACUUUGGGACUGAAAAAAGCGGCUUUCUGUACAAGAAGAGCGAUGGCCUACGGAGAAUGUGGCAGAAGAGGAAAUGCUGUGUCCAAGACUGUUACCUGACUAUCGCCCAUGCAACGACGAACAAAGCUCCGACUCGUCUUAAUCUGCUCACAUGUCACGUCCGACCGAGCGAUGAAGACAAGAAGUGUUUCCACUUGGUCUCCAACAACAGGACGUACCACUUCUUGACGGAGGACGAGGCAGAAUGUUUUGCAUGGGUGUCAGUGCUUAUAAACAGUAAACAGGAAGCUCUGGAUGCAGCGCUUGACGACAGUCGCCGCGGUAACGGUCUUAGCGACAGGGGCGGGGCCAGUAAGGAUCUAACGAGAGCUGUCACUCAAGAAAUCCGACGAAUGAGAGGCAACGAGUGCUGCUGUGACUGCAGUACUCCAGAUCCGAGCUGGCUCUCCACUAACCUGGGCGUCCUCACAUGUCUGCAGUGCUCUGGCGUCCACAGAGAGAUGGACGAAGUAACACGAGUCAGGAGCCUGAGCCUAGACAGUCUGAGCCCCACGGAUCUGCUGUUGGCUCGUAACGUUGGAAACUCUGGUUUUAACGAAGUCCUCGAAGCCAAUCUCCUGAGUCCGAGUCUGAAGCCAGGUCCAGAGAGUCCCAUGGCGAGGAGGCGGGACUUCAUCCUGUGUAAAUAUCAGAGUCUCCAGUUUGUGCGUCGCAGUCCGACCAAUCAGAGCCAACGUCUGGAGCACGCCACAAGACACGCCCACAUCUACGGACUACUGCAGCUGUACGCUGAGGGGGCGGAGUUAAGCCAGCCUCUCGCCAAUCACAUGCAGGAGCAUGGAGAGAGCGCUCUGCACCUCGCGGUGCUUCUGGCCGACAGGACAUCUCUGCACAUCGUUGAUUUCAUUGCCCAGAACUGUGCUAACGUGGAUGCGCUAACUUCCUGUGGGAACUCUGCGCUGCAUUACAGCUGUUUACAUGACCAGAGCGACUGCGUCAAACUGCUGCUCCGCGCUAAAGCUAAUGCUAACAUUAAAAAUGAGUUUGGAGAAACUCCUCUGGACGUGUGCCGUCGUCUGAAGAACAGCCACUGUGAGGCUCUGAUCUCUGCGUCUCACGGUGAGAGGCUGCGUCACGUCGAAUAUGAGUGGAGACUGAACACAGACCAGAGCAACGAGCUUUGUGACAGUGAUGAGGAUAGUGAGAGUUUCCCACUCAAACAAGACCGCGCCUCCUUCUCCUUCUCUCGUCCAAUCACAACUUCUGCCUCCCUCUUCGCACCACCCCCCUCUCUGGCGAUUGGCCGAAGACUAGCCAUGGCAACUGCAGCCCCGCCCCUCCCACCCAGAGUCACAGCCCCUCCCACUGUCAGCGAAGAUGAGAAUGAGGAUGGUGGGGUCUUCGUCAUCGUGAACAGGAAGUGCUCUCUGACUCCACCGCCUGUGGCUGUGCGCCGCAAAAGGACGUGUUCCGAGUCCAACAAACACGACCCUCGCGCCCCCCCGAGGACUCAGCGUGGCCCCCCCUCCUCACGUUCACAGACGUGUGCCGCUACUGACACUCACAGAGGAGUCCGUCGUGCCGACAGCGAUGUUACAUUUUCGUCUACUCAGAGUCCGUGUGACAGGACAACAGCUAAUCAUAGGUCUCAGAGUCUGGAGAGUGACAGCCGAGGCCCCGCCCCCCAGCCGAGGCCACGUACCUCAUUGGUUGGAGGGGGCGGGGUCAGAUCCAGAAGAGGCGGGGCCAGUGUCUCCAGGGUGACGCCUCCACCUGUUUCCACAGUGAUGGAGCGUGCAGUUGCCAUGUACGACUGUGAAGCUGAUCACGAAGAUGAGCUGAGCUUUAAAGAAGGAGAAACUUUAGUGAUAGAAGAGAGGCUGGACCAGGACUGGUGGGACAUGUGGAGAACUCUCCGGAGCUCAGAGGACUUUUUCCUGCAGCGUUUGUCCAACUACUCUGAGACGUCGACCGAGACCCGGACCCGGACCAGCACAAGCAUCAACACUGGACGAGUCCAGUCCAGGACCGGACAAUUCCAGGACACAGGGUGGUUUCAGAAUGACGAGUAA